UCUCGCAGCGCCCCGCACAACAAUAAUAUUUUUGAAGGCCAUCUCCAGAUUCUAGAGGAAGGCUCUUAACCAUCCAGUUGGGACAGAAAAGAAACUUGGAGGAGCUCCCUGCAUUUUUGAAAGAUGUGACAAACUUCUUUAUGUUUUGAGGUAUGAAACAACUUGGGGAUGGACAAAGUUACCUCGCUUCAGUAUGAAGUCUGCAUUCAAACAUCAUACUGCUUUCCUGUGCUUUGCUCUCUCACAAUAACCAAACCCAUGUGAAUAACCAAACCCACAAAAGUCCCCAAAGAUCUUCACCCAUUUUUCGUGAGUGCAGACCAGGUCUGUGGAUGAAGUGUCAGCAAGGAGCAGUUCCUGACAAGCAAACAAGCUGACGGUGUUUGGAAACUCCCUUAGAGACACGAGUCCUUUGUUUCGGUUCUCACUGCACAACAUGACAAAGAAGAAAAAUUUAGGUGGAGCUGAUGUAAACUAGGGAAAACAUACCAUGAUCUUCCUUCAGUUUGUAUCCUGGGAACACAGAGGAGAGGGUUGUAAAGACAAUGAAGAUCAUUCUCCUUUUCCUCAUUUUGCUGGGAGUAGUAUCUGGAAGAAAAACCCCAUUGCUUAAGGGUUUACCUGCAACAAGCACUGUUGAAGAAAACACAGCAGCUGGUGUUUCAGUCUGUGACUUCAAUGUAACUGUUUCUCCAUUGUCUUCUGAAGGUGUUGCAAUUCUUCCUACCAUAGUAAAUUCAAAUCCACUUACAGAGGCUUUUGAUAUUGAAUCAAAAGGAGGUCUUGAAUACAGGGUUGUUACCACUGGAAACCCUGUCCUAGAUUAUGAAACAAUGCCAAAGAGCUUUGAUUUACACAUUUUUGUUGAAGAUACAGCUGGAAGAACUGACCUUAGCAUAUUGACUAUUCGAGUAACAGAUAAAAAUGAACAUCCUGUAUUUAGAGGAAAUAUGGCAAUUCAAACUCUAAUGAUCUAUGUGUUGGAAGGAACACGUCCAGAAUGCAUUUACCAAGUUGAUGCAGCUGAUCCUGAAAAUGCGAAACUCAAAUAUUCACUGCUCCCUACGACAGUGCCGUUCUUGAUCAUGGAAAGUGGAGCCAUUUUCUCCACAAAAGAAUUUGAUUAUGAGAAAGAUCCACAUUGUUACUUUUUAAAUGUAACAGUGACAGAUCUGGAUGGACUCAACUCAACUAGAACAGUAAAUAUAAAUAUAAUUAACAUCAAUGAUGAAAGUCCUUACUUUACCACAAAACAAAGAAUCUAUAGAAUUCCAGAGGAACAAAGCCCAGGUACCAUUGUUGCCAACAUAACAGCUAAAGAUCCAGAUGAUGAAGGCUCUCCCAGCAGACUUUUCUACAGCAUCCAGUCUUCUGACAGAUAUUUCUCCAUAAAUCCAUCGACCGGAGUGCUGCAGGUGACCAGAAGAAUCGACCGUGAUGCCCUUCCACUGCAGCUCCAUCCCAACAUCUCACUGAUAGUCCAGGUGGAGGACAGUCCCAGCAAUGGUCAUACCAGUAAAAUGGAGAUCACAAUCAUUAUUGAUGAUAUCAAUGACAACCCGCCAGAAUGCAGUCCUUCUGCCUUCAGGAAAGAAGUAAAUGAAAAUACGGCUCCUGGGACAUUUGUCGUUGAUCUUAGAAAUUACUGUAAAGAUAUUGAUGUUGAUCCAUCAAACAAUCAAUUUAAUUUCACUGGAUUAUCUGGUUUUGGAAGCAAUAACUUCAUUCUGGAUUCCACUGUGUCUGGAAGACUUGUGAUGACUGGAACUAUUGAUUUAGAGAGCCCAGCUAAUCCAGGAAUUGAAGUUUAUACUUUGACUGUCAGGGUGCAAGAUAUUGCCCAUCCUAACUACUCAAAUAUCAUCUACAUUUACAUCAGGAUAAAGCCAGUGAAUGAAUUUUUUCCAGUCUUCAGUACUUUAUCUUACGUAUUUAAUGUUUCAGAAAUUACUAAAGUUGGAUCCAGCAUUGGAAGAGUGCAUGCCACAGACGAGGACUGGCCACCCACUGUCAUCACUUAUUCCAUUGUAGCUGGAGGAGGCACCAGGGAUUACACAAAUAUCUUCUGGAUCAGCACAACCAAAGGAGAUGUGAGGAUUUUAGCUAGAUUAGACUAUGAAACAACUCAGAAACACAUUUUCAUAGUACAGGCCUCAGACCAAGAAAAGUUUACAACAGCAUCAGUAACUGUGAAUGUUUUGGAAGUAAAUGAUGAAGAACCAGUUUGUUCACCUAAUUUCUAUUCAUUUCAAAUCCCAGUCAGCUUAGCUGUUGGGACCAAUAUUAACGGCUUCAGGAUUGAAUGUCAAGAUCGUGAUUCUGAUCCCAGGUCUUUCCGUUACUUCAUUAAUGAAGGCAAUGAGAACAAUCAUUUCACUUUUUCACCAAGUGCCGGCUCCAAUACAUCUCGGCUGAUUCUUGCAUCGCGGUUUGACUAUGAGAGCGGGUUUGACACAAGCUGGAUUUACAAUCUGCGCGUCUACAUAACAGAUGACAAUUUACUGUCUGGCAGGGACAAAACUACACAUUUAAUUGAAACUGGAAUGGUGACUUUAAGCAUCAGAGUUAUCCCAAACCCAACUACUGCCAUUACCACGACACCUGGCUUCACUGUUGUGACAAGAAGGGAGAACCUCUACUCUGCAUCGGCAUGGUACGUGCCGUUCAUCGUCACCCUUGGCAGUUUGCUCCUCCUCGGACUCCUGGGGUUCCUGGGAUUCCUGCUGGUGACCUGGGUCCGCACCCGCUGCCCUCCAGCAGGGAAAGCACACCGCACACCUCUGAUAGAUACUCCAGAAAAGAAGAAACCUAAGAAAGACGUGGUUGUGACGAUGACAAAGCUAAAUACUAUCUUUGAUGGAGAAGCCAGAGACCCAGUUACUGGCAGAAUGUAUGAAUUCAAUACGCGGUCGGGGGCCCGGAGGUGGAAGAAGAGCAAUGAGCCCCUUAAGCCAAUACUGGCUGGUCAGGUUACAUACAGUGCCACAAACAAUAGUGGCCAAGGGACAGACAGAGCAGAGACAGCAAGUAAAAAAGAACCUUCAGAGAAGAGGAAAGAGCUGACUGCAGCAACAAAACCAGCUACCAAGCCCUCAGCAGACCAGGAUGGACUGAGAUUACAAAAGCAUAAAGAGGAGUCUGAGGGCAGGGGGUUAUCCUCAGUGGCUCCCCAAGGUGGGAACUGACCUCCUAUCCCCAAAUGAACCCUGCAUUGCCAUUAAACCAGAGUUCAUGCAAUUCCAAGCUGCUUUCCAAGCAACCUCUGAUCUGAAUAGCCAAAGGAUCAGAUGUGAUUUUUCUCUCUAUAUAUCUCAGCUGCAAAACAUAAGGUGGCCACUGGUGUGUAUACUGGACCCAAAACCAGGAUGAAGCUGGAGGUACCUUUGACAGGUGCGUGUAUGAGUGGGAGAGAAAGGGAGGACGUGAAAGUGAGAGAAAAGGAAACAAAAGCAGAGUCACAGAUAAGAAUUCACUACCCACUGCCCCCUACAGACACCGGCAGUGUCCUCCUGGAGGAGCUCUGCAACCCCAACCAACAUGGCCACGUCCUCUGACUGCCUUUGGGAAUGGCAGCAUACGUAGGGAUGUGCUUUCUCACCAGCGAAUGUGGUCUCCUAUCCCUGCUGAGCAGCAGAAUGAGUGAAAACCACAUCAGGGUAGAAAUGUCGGUAGAAAUGUGUGUUUAUAGAAGCUAAAAAUACUUGCU